AUGUUCAGAAUCACCUCUUUUUUGCUAUUUCUCAGCGCUCCGCUUUUCGUUUUGGCUGGUAUAUUGCCAUCGAAGGGCAACGAAUGUCAGAUGUACAUCGCCUACUCGGCUGUUAAGAAUAAUUAUGUGAUUGCUUUUCGUGGCACAAAUGGGAUCUCUGAGUUGAUUAUUGACGGUCUCUCCUCACUCAACACUUAUGACGCGUUCCAGGCUGGCACUUAUAACGGAGGUGGCAGGGUGAAUCACUACUUCUACGAGGGUGUGCGAUCACUUUGGCCGACUAUCAAGGCAAAUCUUGGUCAAACAAACCCGGACACAACUUUCUUCAUCACCGGCCAUUCAUUGGGCGGGGCAAUGGCCUCGGUCACAGCCGCUCGACUCUCCCUUGAGGGUUUGGCCACCAACAAUCUGAUCCGUUUAUACACGUUUGGCCAGCCACGCACAUGGGAUUAUGAAACGGCGACCGCAUUCCCGAAUUGGGUUCCAUAUACGUGGAGAACUGUUCACCACGCGGAUCCCGUGCCACACGGGCCACCAAUGGACACAUCAGGAGCGAAAACGGGGCCAUAUCACCAUACACGAGAGAUUUGGUUCAACGAAAAAUUCGAUAGCUUGAGUUAUUGUUCAAUUCAAUCUGGAGAGGAUCCUACGUGCAGUAACCAGAUCGGUGAUUUCAACUUCACCGUCGAUGUGGUGAAAAGUGAGCAUUUACGUUAUUUUGGUGUCGACGUGAAUGAUUAUGGAGCGAAUGGUUGCGCGGAUUCACCCAGUCCUAGUUCGAGUACUGCGCCCAUCACCAGCACUAUCACCAGCACCGCCUCAAUUAUCCAUUCAAUCCUCACUCCUUUCAUUCUUCUUCUGGUUAUACUUUGCAAA